AUGACCCCUCGACGGUUUUGCCGACACCCUGCAGUCGUCAAUCGUGUGAAACAACUCUGUCCGGAUGAAGAGGAGCCGACGCUCACUCAUGUCCACCCAUCCUUGGCCAACUUGGACCACAUAGCGUCGUACAUUCACACAGAAAUCAAGGUCUGUCUCCCCAAUGGGACCGGAUGGGAUGGUGUUCAGCACAUGAAAUCCAAACAAGACGAGGAAGGGAGCACGCCCUAUAUUCGUGAGAUGAAGGAAAUAUCUUGGCAAAGACUCAAAUAUGGCGGGGACCACAUCGAUGACAGUGAAGACGAGGAUGGCUCUCUUGAAGGGUUAGACGACGACUGUUUCAAGCUGAUCGUGUGCAUGCUGCCGCAACGCAGUGAAGACUUUCUGAAGGCAAAGUACAUCCAAAGCGACAUUUCUUUCAAGUGCAUUCCGGGCUGGAAGGAAUUUGAAUUGGUCAGUGUGGACCAUGAGACGAGCCAAGUGGUGGUCCUCUGCAGAGCUUUCAUGAACUCACAGUCCGCACGCGCUCAUCAAGUGUUGUUCGUGACUAUCAGGCCAAAGGCUUGGGCUUCCAUCUUCAAGACGUCGCUCGAGAGACCUUACGAACACAUUCACAGAUUGUAUCGUGUAUGUACAGCACAUAUCACUCGUGGGAUCACGAGUUCGGGUGUACAAGACUAUGCAGUUAAAGACAAAAUGCACAGUCUGGUGUGUAUUCGACAUCCGAAUUGGGAUGAAACCCUGGCCUACAUAGAAAGAGAGGGUGGGGUAUCUGGUCGUAAUUGGCUUUUUAAUAAAAUACACUCCAAAUUUGCUAUGCAAGGGAUGUGCUGGGAAAGGAGCUUCGUUCCAUUGAACAUUUGGCAAGCAGGCGACGCUACGACAAACGCAGUCGAAAUGUCGCAUAUAGAUAUCUAUCGGGAGGGCAUGCCGUGCUCCCUCAUUGGCGGUAUCUCUCGUGCUCGAUACUACGAUAAGAUGCGCCUUCAGACCCAUCGCGUCUCACAAAAGACUGGAGUGAAGGCUGCCUACAGACCUACCACGACCGUCGUUUCAGUCGUCCGAAAAUAUAAGCGCACUGUUAUACAGCGGACACGCAAGUUCAAUGUGGCUGACAAGCAUAUCAUUGAGCAGAAUGAGCGGCUGCACCUCGAGGCCGGUGUAGAGGCUGUCCAAGACGUCGAAUCCUCGUCUGAGAGCGAAGACAGCUUCAUUGUCGAGGAAGAAUACUCAGACGACGCUGCCGAGUCGGAGGCCGCCAACUUGUCUCCUGUUCCUUCCACACAUGUACCAAAGGAAGAUCAGGCAUGGAACGGCUUGCUGGUGAGAGCAAAGGUGCAUGCCAGGGUGAGGGAAACCACGCUGGUCGAUGAGGAAAGCUACGAUUUCCGAUUGUUCGAUGACGCUCCCGAACUUUGGGUUCUAUCAUGCAUGCCUGGUUGGGAAGACAUCGUCGUCUUUCACAUUGGCCGAAAUGCGCGAUCGGAGCACGGUAUCAAAGCUGCCUUUAUCAUGCCUCACCUCGGCAAACAAGUCUGGCUUGAGGCGGAAAUGUCGUCGGCACUCAAGGCCUGGCUUGUUGAUAUCCCAGGCAUGGCACGGCGAAACCAGCAAGUCCAACUCCACACGGUUUCCCCAGACAUGAGCCUGCGUGCCCUAUGGUCGGCCUCAUCGUCGCCUCCCAUGGUGAAUGGAGCAUGGGUCAAAGUUCAUCAUGGCCGGUUCAAAGGCGAGGUGGGGAUGGUGGCUAAGGUGUAUCCUUGGGGUUGCAAGGUCUUGUUGGUACCCAAACUAGAUCCCAGCCCUCGGGAAGAAUCGAAGAACAAACGACGACGGCUUCAAAAUUCAGACUUGGCCCCAAAACUCUUCGACCAUGCAACUUUCAACGCAUCAAUAAUUGGAGAGUCGCGUUAUCGCUUUCAGGGCUUGGUGUACGAGCAUGACCUUCUCGCUCGCCGCCUCUCCUUCUCCCAGAUUGCGAUUGCCAGCGAGAUCAGCAACCAAAUAUUCACACUUUUUGGUCUAUCGCGACAUCCUCAACUCCGUAGGCACUUACAAGGGCAUCCAAGAAUCUCUGAAUGGUGCUUUCAGGUUGGAGAAAAGGUGACUCAAGUAGGGAUGGGUCGAGCUGGAAUCAUCCAUACUGUCGGCAAAGACGGCUUGGAGGUUCAAUUCGCAGAAGGAGUAUUCCCAGUCCGAUGGGCUGACAUUCGCAAAGAGUUCGAAGUGGGACAGUACGUCCAGAUCACAGAGGGUGCACCUGCAGAAAGAUGGUGUGGAUGGAUACACGCAUUCGAGGGGAGCCUUUUACAGUUGAUUUCCGGCUCCAACAGUCGUGAAAUUCAGAGCGUACACCCAAACACUGUCAUCGCCGACAGUCCGCCCCACAGUGGAAUGAGCUCCACUUCAUCGACCCAAUCCUCGAUUCCCGCAUCGACGCCUGUCAUACCAUGGAAAGGGACGAGAGUUUUGGUGAUUGCACAAGGCCAUCCCUGGCGUACGAAGACCGCAGACGUAAUGGACGUCAACAUCAUGACAGAUCCGCGUUAUCCUGAACCAAUCUUACAGAUAUUGGUUCAGCUUGCUCACUACGAUGCCAAUGCUCCUUUCCUGUCUCGCUGGUUCCCCUACCUCGAUAUAAUCGAAGCCGACUCAUGGCUGCCUCUCAAUGAGGCACAACCAUUAUCAGACGCCCAUAGUUUCUUUCGUACCUGGGUGCCUCAUACCAACAUCUUGCAGGAGAAGGGGAGGCGUAUUCCUCCGGAACCCAUCGUGGUGGAAGAGCCCGGCAAUGCUACUCCCAGGCCUGAUCCCACCGAACGAUGUUUCUCUCCAGCCUGGGAUCCAUCUUCCCCCGAUCCCAUCCACUGGUGCCUUGAUCCACAGCUCAUUGGUAUGAGGUUCCGUGUACAAUACAACGGGCGCCAAAUUGCCGCCUCGGUGAGAUGUGAAAAAGAUGGAAAGAUGAAUUGCAUCAGGGUCGAUACACCGUUGAAAGAAGUUCUCGACCCCACCAGAGUACUUCCGAUUCAUCCAAAGGCACGACAUUAUGACAUGUUUCUGGUAAUCUCAGGCGAGCAUCGUGGAAAAUGGGUUAGGAGCAUCCAAUUCACGAAGCGCUCGCCCAGUGAUAGCACGGAUCUGGAUUGGAAUGUGGCUGUGGUGAUACCGCGAGCUCCCUUCCUUGAGGACGAAGUAACGGAUGACAGGAUUGUUUUGCAUAGCUCCAUGAUGACCCUUGCAGCAGAGACAGACGAUUCCAAGCGAUUGAAUUUGAAUGUGAAAAAGUGGCUACGACAGCCUGCGUGGGACUAUUGA